CUCAGCAGCGAACGACAUCCAGGGCAACCCAGGAGAUAAACUAAAGACAAACCAUAUCUAUCUGCUCCACAACCUGCAGCCGCUGAACUCCCGAAGCUUCCUCCCAUCGUGAACAAGAUACCCAACUGUGACACAAUGAAAGCGGCCGUAGUUUUCGUUAUGCUCUUCGCCACAGUCCUCUGCCGGCCGGCGAGAAAAGUUAGUGAAAGCAGUUCAGAGAGCUCUGAGGAAGUGAUGAGACAACCUCAAACCCUCAGUAAGGCGGCAGAGGUUCCUCUGGACCGUGCAGCACCUGUAGAGCAGGCGGCAGCAGAGGCGCUCGUAGGAUUGGAAUCCGCGAGCCCGGACACAACCUCAUCCCCAGCUACAGCCUCUGUCAACAGCCAGGACAGUGAUGACAGCGAUGAUGAUGACGAUGAUGAUGAUGAAACCGAAGAGGAUGAAUCUAGUGAAAGCUCAGAGUCGGGCGAGUCCUCCACCCUCGCUCCCACCACCGUCACACAGGAACCCUUUGCAGAAACCACUGACGAACCCAUCGUGCCUACCAUCGUCACUGACACGGAAACCGCCCGCGGCGACAGCUUGGGAGGCUACCCCAGCGACUACAAGUCCAUGAACUUCGUGGAGGAGAAAUCCUACCACAAGGUCCCCGCUCCCUACAAGUCCUACGAGUAUAUUGGCACAGGAAAGAAGAUGGCGUACGACAUGACAGAGGGCAAUGAGGUGGACAAGUCACUCAAGGUGUACAAGGCUCUUCAGAUCCACAACGACAUCCUGGAGGAGGACACCAGUACCCCUGAGGUGGAGAUCCAGGGCCUCGACAUCUCCUCUCAAGACCAGGACCUCAGCCCCCGCCAGGCCUCCCUCCCAGAGGAGGAGAAGGAGGAGAGUAUUAGCACCAGCGAAAGCACCAGUGCUCCGGAGGAAGAGGAGCAGGAGGAGGAGAAGCAGAGCGACAGCGACAGCACCACCAGCGCAAGCACCAGUCAGGAGUCAGAGGACGAAGACAGCCAGAGCAGCGAGGAGGCCACGGCCACACCCGGAGCCGCUGACAGCGAAUCAGAUGAGAGCCCCGAGACCGAUUCAGAUGAGGAGGUGGUGGGACCUGACGCCACCACUGACAUACCAGUGUUCAUCACUGCCAAAUAGAUAAUCAUUCCUGGAAAUGGGAGUGGGCGGCGGUGUCAGAAAGAGUCACAUAAAGAGCACACUCUGCAUCCAGGUGCAAAACGCUCCCCCCCCUCUCCCAGGGCCACUUCCCACUGUGGGGCCAAACAGGGACCGCCACGCAUAACUAUUAUUAAUUUCAAUGUGUUUACACAAUAUUCCUGUGAUUAUUUGUGCAUCUUUUGGUAAACAGAAAUGCUUUUCCUUCUGGAUUGUAUUUGAAUAAACCAAUAACUCCUGCAUCCUGUGGUCUGGUUGCCCUGGUAAAUCCCAUGUUUGACCCCGCAAGGGAAAAGUGGUAGGGUGUUGAAACUGACGACUGCAACGUGGAGGUUGAAUGACUUCAUGACCAUUGUCCCCGCCCCUUUCCCCUGUGUUACUGUAGGGUUAAAGGUCAAAACUGGAAAAGAACAAAGACAAACUGCAUUUAACCAUUACCUAAUAACUGCAACAUGGUUCUUGUGCUUAUGAGACGAGAGCGAAAAGUGCACCAUCUAUUGUAAUCAUUUUCUGCAUGAUAGAAUUUAUACUUGACAUUAGGCCAUGCAUUUGCUGCCUGUGUGGUUUAGCUUCAAUGCUCACGAGUAUCAAACCUGGUGGUGUAGAUAAAAGGAUGUAAACCGAGAGAAACACCCCAUCAGUUCAGUCAGGUAUAGACGCAGCACACACACACACACACACACACACACACGCACAACCCAUUCCCGUUCAUUUGCACAGUAACCUACCUACACUACAUGUUGUUUGUUCCAUGUUGUUUACUGUAAUGUAUC